AUCCACAGACCGGCCGUGCAUUCAUUCGAAACCCGAGUGUCUUCGAAAGUGUGUGCGCGCGCGUGCUGUGUCGCUCUUAUAUAGCCAUCAUUUCGGUUCCCUACCCUACACGUUUUAUUUUUUGCGAUAUUAUAACCUUCCAACGGCGAAAAAGAAAAAGGAUUGUGCAUUGUGAUUUUUUUCUUCUCACACGUGGAUAGAUAGUAGCUGGCCACAUUGACCAAUAAGAAAGUCGAUCGGUAGACUAAACAAUCCAUCACGGAACACUACGUGACUGCGCUAAAACGGGGCCCUGGUUUUCAGCAAGUGAUCCUGUUCGAUCCGGUAGAAUCAUCGUGUGCCACCAGUUGACGGCCCCCUCAUCGUCGCGUAAUAGAAUUGGUGUUGGCCCUGCAUCAGCAGCCAUCCUUUGACGUCAGCAGCAGCAGCAGCAGCAGCAGCAGCAAUACAUUCAGGUCGAUGAUUGUGUGCGAUCGGGGUUCGAUUUGAUUGAUUGAAUCGUGUGUACGGUGUGGGUUGAACCCGGCCACCCUUCCCGAUAGGUGCUGCCCCGAAUUUGUACAUCCCCAAACCUAGACACCAUUUAAUGUCAGCACUCGGUGCAAAGCGUUUAUCAGCGUCGCAAAAGCAUAAGCGAGAAAGUGCCAGUAACAUCCACAAGCUGGCGGCUACCAUCAUUACGGCCAUUACCGCCGACAGUACUAGUCCGAGCGCCAUCGACGGUACAAUUGUGAAGCGAUCGUACUACUGCUAGAGGAAGCGUACAAGAAAAUAAAAAGCGUAUACCGAUCUUCUCUGUGUGUGUGUGAAAAGUAAUAAGCUUUGUGGAAACUGCAAAAAGACACCUUAGUUUACUCCGUUUUUUCGAAGAUCCACGUGUACCGUGUACGUUCCCAGCCUGGUGACACGAUCGUGCCCCCCGGUUUAGUCGAGUUUUCGGGUGAUCGCGCCGAUAGAGCGUUUGGCGUGAAAUAAAUACGCACCAGAUCGAAACGGUGCUCCAAACUGCCGCAGAUCGUACACAGCUGCAACAUCAUUUCCACACACUAAAGCCCCCACGGUCAGCAAGACGGCCACGCCGGCAGUAACGCAGUUCGUCCAUAUGUUGAGCUUCGGCGAAAAAGUGAACCUUUCCGAAUUAAUGUUGCUAAAUGUGCUGAUAAAACAUCUCAUAAACUCAAACAUUACAUAACACACGGCGUGUCGUUGGUGUGCAAGUGUGCGUGUGUGUGCAUGCGUGUGCGUGUGCGUUUAACUUUUGGUGAAGAAUAUUUGGUCUUAAUGCUAUACUACCACCGGGGUCAGCAUAAUUGUGAGAGGUGCUUAUAACAAAACAAAAGGACGUUAGAACGGAAAAGUCAACGUAAAUCUUUCAGAAUUUGCUACGGAGCAGCGGGCUCAUCAUCUUUAGUUGUGAGACGAAUCUAUAGCUGAGCUUCCACCCAUCGGUUCCACACGGGAACAGAAUCGCGUCUGAAGCAAGCUGACUGGUGCAAAAAAAACGACGAAACCACCGGAGAAGCGAUUGUGGCGCCCCAGUGUAAUUCGCGCGUACAGAAAGACGCAGGCUACUACUAAUACUACCGACCGGUAGACAGGGGCCAUCACGAUCACCUAUCCCGCACCGCCGAUUCUUUGGCUGGCACUCGGUCGGUUUGGUUGAAGCUGCUUCAUCAUUUUACCAACCGCCGGUCGCCUAUCGCGAAAGGAAGAAGGCGUGAAAGGAAACAAAACGAUAGAAGUUGGUACUUUGAGCCAUUCGCAAAAACGGAAUUUGAAAUCAAACAGCAAAAGGAGAGAGGAAAAAAUAGAGGGAAGUCAACCUGAAAGCAACGAAGGAAGAAAAAAACACAUUUUUGAAGAAGAUCGUACUUGUGAUCAUCGAGCUCUUAUCCGACCGUCUUUUGGGGGAAUCACAUUAAAUACACGGUUGCAUUGGUUGAUCGGUGAUCCAAUCCAAUCACGACAUAAAGCAGUCGAAACAAAGCAACAAAGCCUACAAAAGCUCGCGGAAGAUCAGCGAAAAGCGGAAUCUUACAACUUACAACCAGAGAGCGUGAGGAACUUUCGUGGAGCAGAGGAAAUAAAAAUCAGAAACGAAACAAAAAAAAAAUACAAAAUACGAUAGAAAAAGACAUGAUGAACUUCAAACAUUUGCUGAUGCUGGCGCUGUGCCUGCUCCCGCUGAUGGUUGCCCCCGGCAGUGGUCGUGCCGUUGUGUUGGAUCCGGACACGGCACUAACCGCGUCCGCCUCAUCGUCUGAGGGUGUGCGCGCGGAUGGUGGCCGUGCGCUAAGACCAACGUUCGUCAAAAUUACGGCCGCACCUCCGGCACGUGUUGCCCAGAUCCGUGGCACCACGGUGGAGCUGGAGUGUGAAAUAAUGGGAUCGCCAACACCGACCGUCCAGUGGGUGCACGGAAGCGGUCAAACAGCGGACUGGGAAGAUAUUAGCGUGAACGUUAUCUCGGAAGACAACCCAACGUCCGUGGCACGCGUGGUCACACGGUUGGUAAUCGAUCGUGCAUCACGAGCUUCCCAAACAACGUACACAUGCAUCGGACGUUCGGCUGGCCAGGAAGUUAGUUCCUCAACCAUCGUUCACCACGUCGACAGUGUAUCGCAUCUGGGCAACUUCUCCGACAUGCCACUGCUACGCCCGUCUGCUGCCGUCGAUUCCAUGUUCAAGAACCUGAAGGGAGCCCGCAUUACGCUACACUUCAAGACGCUGUUCGAGAACAUGGGCUCGACCGUGGUGUUGCCGUGCAAGGCAAUCGGUCGUCCACUGCCUGAGAUUACCUGGCUGAACGAGGAAGGCAACGUGGUCGGCAGCCUGCAAGAUCCACGGUUCCGCACGCUGCCAACGGGUGAGCUGAUCAUCACCGGGCUGCGCUGGGCCGAUAUGGGAUCGUACACAUGUGUGGCGAAAAAUGUCCUAUCGAAAGACGAAUCGGAAACAUUCGUCUACCCGAUACGACCUAACUAGGCUUGUUGUGAUUGGUUUUUUGGUACCGGUAACAAUCGAACGAAGGUUCAAGGGAUGCCGGUCCUAACUAGCACAACUGGAAUCUUCCGUUCGGCUUUAAACAACGCCAUUGAUGCAUCGGAAAAUGGGAUACUUACACAAUAAGGAAUAGAGCGUAGCCGAAAACAAAGGGGGAAAAUGUGCGAAAAUGAAGCAAAUUGAAAAACAACUUAUGCCAUAUACUUAACUUAUUUAAAGUUGCACUAUUAGAACCCAACUUACACGUACAUCCAACCCCCCUUAUCCAACCAAUUCAAUGUUAGCACCAGCAAACCAACUUAACACACUCGCGGGUGAAAAGGACUCAAAGAGCCUUGGCGUCUUUUAUAGCAUUGAAAUGCAUCAUCUAAUUUUAAUUUAUUUUAUAAUAACCUCCUAUUGGAUUUGUAAACGAGCACUUAUACAAUGUACGUCGCGUGCAGGCAAAACAUUCUCCAAGCUCUCUAUCAUAUAUUUAGUGUGGAGCAUAUACGCUAGUGCCGGUGAGACACGUACCACAAUCGCUAACCCAAAUUGAAUACUAGCUGUUUAAACUCGCUGCUUCCGGCGCACCCGGGAAGCGGUAAGGAUCAGAAUCAGAUCGAUACCAUACAACCACCAUGUACAUAUAUCUUCGUCGUCAAUGUCUCUCGCUGUUGUUACGUGCGCGUACCUCACCGUCGUACACGAGAGUAGGCUUAAAGUCACUGCCGUGUGACAGUGCUACACUAGGCUAGGCCAACUGGUAAGAACAAAAGAUGUUUUAGAAGUUCCACUGCAGGCUGCCAUCUCACCGCGCGUGUAUUUGUUUGUGCAAAGGGAAACACUACUAACCGGUUAAUGUGUGCUGUGAGCUGCUGCAGAAGGUAUAGGAACGCAUUUUCCGAUAAAGAAUGUGUGAAUGAAUGAAUAAAAAAUUUCAUUGAAAAUAAAAGAUAAAGCUUAAAUGACUUAAA